CAUACUUUCUCAUAUUUAAAAUAUUGGUAGUAGGUUUAAGUUAUUACAGAAUUGGUAAUUACCUACUACCUAAUUCAUUUGGAAUUAGCUUACAGUCUUGGCUGCUCCGUCUAAACUUGCGUCCACCUCGGUCUCCGUGGUUACAACGCACAGCCUUGCUAUCCAGCUUUGUGAAUUACUGUUUGUGUGCAGUAGGCUAUUAUUCUUGCUGUUAUACGCAGUUUCUGAGGGGUAAGUGAAACGUCGUAUUGAGCGGCCCAUUAUUUCUGUGUAUGAAUAUACGAGAUAUCGUUUCAGUAUAAGUGGAUUCAAAAUGACAAGUUACUGAGUCAGUGGACUGUGCUGAAGGGGAACCAGAAAGGGUUACCCUGGUAGUGACGGCACGUAGGACGAGGAGACAGCGGAGGGAGGGAGAGAGAGACCUCUGAAACCCUUACUGUAGCAAUAUUUCAUACUGAUGUUAUCAAUUUAAGCCCAAAAGGGCUGGGAGAAACGGCUGUGCAGUAGCCUACACAUGCAGCUUUGCGGACUUUUGAUGGACAUAAACCGUCAGCAUACUCGCUGCUGACUUGUCGAUGAAGAUCCUUUCAGAAUCUGGACAGGUGACAGCUACUAACUGCCCAAUGGAGAAAUAUGAAAAGCUGGCCAAAAUUGGCGAGGGUUCCUAUGGUGUGGUGUUCAAAUGCAGACACAGAGACACUGGACAGAUAGUUGCCAUCAAGAAGUUUGUGGAAUCUGAAGAUGACCCGGUCAUUAAGAAGAUUGCAUUGCGAGAAAUACGUAUGCUGAAGCAGCUGAAACAUGUGAAUCUGGUCAACCUGCUGGAGGUCUUCAGGAGGAAAAGACGGCUACACUUGGUGUUUGAGUUCUGUGAGCAGACGGUGCUCAAUGAGCUGGACAAACACCCUCGAGGGGUACCCGAGACUCAGCUGAAAAGUAUAGUGUGGCAGACUCUGCAGGCUGUUAACUUUUGCCACAAGCACAAUUGCAUCCACCGUGAUGUAAAGCCAGAGAACAUCCUCCUCACCAAAAGUGGAGUCAUCAAGCUCUGCGACUUUGGCUUCGCCCGCAUUCUGACAGGACCAGAGGAUGACUACACAGACUAUGUAGCAACCCGCUGGUACCGGGCCCCCGAGCUACUGGUGGGGGAUACUCAGUACGGGCCUCCUGUGGAUGUGUGGGCUCUGGGCUGUGUCUUCGCUGAGCUGCUCCAUGGUAAUCCACUUUGGCCUGGGAAGUCUGACGUUGACCAGCUCUACCUCAUCCGAAAAACUCUAGGUGACCUGAUCCCCCGUCAUCAGCAGGUUUUCCGCUCCAAUGUUUUCUUCAGUGGAGUCAGUAUUCCUGAACCUGACACGACGGAGCCCUUGGAAAAGCGUUUCCAUGGAGUGUCUCUUCAUGCCCUUCAGGUUAUGAAGUCAUGCCUGGUGAUGGACCCGUCUCAACGGCUGUCCUGUGAAGAGGUGCUGGAGCUGCCUUACUUUCAGGAGGAAGGAGGAGCCAACUGGGGCCGUGAGGGUGAGCGUCUCGGAAGACGUCAUGACAAAGGCUCCCGUCGCAGGCAGGCAGGGGCUCAGUACCUUCCUCAGUUACCAAACAGCAACAUCUCACCAGCACCGGAUGUCAAGAAACAGGUGAAGCAUAAAUAUCACCUGCCCAACAUUUAAUAAAGCAGCAAAUUGAUCGACGCGUUUGUGGCUGAACUGAGAAA